AUGUGUUCACUUCGCUGCCCGAAACGUCCGUGUAAACAGGAAACGUUGGAGAAUUAUAUGUCUCGAGUGAUGAAAUUGAUAUCCGGAACGGAUAGAAUCCAUACGGUUUUUGAAAAUCAUGAAAUUAUUGAGAUAAUUCACGGAUGUUUAACUGCUUUCGCCGAUGAGCCAACAUUACUGCAAUUUCCGUUACCGGAAAACGGACUUGUCGUAAUUGGUGACUUACACGGCGAUGCAUUCUGCUUGCUGAAAGCAUUGGAAUUUUACGGAUUUCCACCUGAUGUCACCUACCUUUUUCUUGGAGAUUUUCUUGAUCGUGGCCCAAUGCAAAAUGAAGUUUUGUUGUUCAUUUUAUUGAUGAAAUUGCGCUGGCCAGAAUAUGUAUACUUAUUACGUGGAAAUCAUGAAUUAUAUGAUCUUACGAAACAUGAUUUCAAAAAUCAGUGCUUGAUGGAUUACGACGAUCCGGUCAUAUUUGUUUACAUUAAUCAAUUAUUCGAUUAUUUUCCAUUAGCAGCAAUUGUUUCGGAUUAUUUCUUCUUUUGUCACGCGGGUGUGUCGCAAUGGAUGACUUGUCGUGCUAAUAUAGCGAAUAUUCCGCGACCAACCGAUUUGAGUAAUAUGAAAAUUUUAGAAGGCUGCGUUGUCACUGACAUGCUUUGGUCGGAUCCAAAACCAAACCAAAAAGUACCAUUUGAUUUAAGCGAACGCGGUUGCUGUUACAGUUUCAACCGAGAAGCGCUACAUGCUGUACUUCGAGCACUAAAUGUUCAUAUAUUAAUUCGUGGACAUCAGGUAAUUCCGGAAGGUAUUUUAGAUAAUUUUGGUGACGGAAGCUGUAUUACUGUUCAUACGGCUACUCGUGAAAGUAUCGGUUGCAAUGCAUCUGGUACACUUAAAAUACUCCGUAAAGAUGACGGAAAAUUUGUGAUGGAAAAGCGUAUAGCUAAAAUAAAGUGCAAAGAAGCUAUAGUUGAUUUACGUGAUACAGUUCACGCACUGUUACGUAAAAGUUUGCAAGGUAACGGGUUAAAUCGUAUUACUCACAAGUGUCGAUGGUGCCGAAAAGCUUUCCCCAGAAAUGUCACUCAUCGGAUACGCAAUUCGGGAUUGGCAGAAAUAGCUUUCUGGGUUUCUCGAUAUGCUCUUCGAUACGCUCAGCGUGAUGAAAUAUUUCAUGAAGCAUGGAGAAAGCGAUAUGAUCGAGUGAUCGUUCUACGAGCUUAUCAAUUAUUCCCGGUGUUAUAUGAUGCGGUAGCCUUUGAAGGUGGCACAUCAACAACCCCCGCCACAUAUCGCGUCAUUUUGGCUGAAUGGGAGAAAGCAUUUCUGUUCAAUUUAUUUGGGACAGCUUCUGAUUUCGAGUUGACUGAAACGUUGGCAAAUGACGUCGAUCCGGGCCUAUUGGAAAUUCAACAACAUCGAUCAAAGCCUCCUAACUUUUUAGGACGUACAUCACGGCGUGUUAGAAAUAUGCUGCGACAUGUUGUUGGUCUUCGUGAUUUACCAUCCUUCGAUGAUACAGAUGUACGGAGGAUGUCACCAAGAUUACAACUAAUUGAUUGA